UUGGAUCGCGCUAAAUGGAAGUUCAAGUACUCGCCUACGGCGCCGUAUGGAAUCAACGAGUGUUUCCACGUGUGGAGCUUUACGGAUUCGUUGAUCGCUAGUAUCGCUGUGUUGCAGUAG